GUCUUUGUGAUCACCUACAGUUAAUUAGGUUCAUUGUUUGGUACUAUUUUUGGCAGGUGUUGCAAUUAAUAUUUAAUGUUUCAUCGUACUUGUAUUUGCUUUCAACUUGAGUGCAUCAGGUUAUAUCUCAUGACUAGGUUUCAAGAGAACAGAGAGAAGAUUUUAAGAGUAGAAUCAGAUAUUUGUGCCAAGGUUCUGAAGAGGUUGCACAAGGAAAAGCUAGCAGCCAAUAGGUUGUUAGCUUGUUGGGCAAGGCAAACACAGUUUGAAGUAAAAAAUGGUCUACAAAGUUUCACUGUUAACUUGGCCACAGCACACUGUAGUUGUAGGAAGUGGGAUAUAACUGGCAUACCCCGUGCUCAUGCAAUCCACUUCCUAUUUUUCAAUAGACAAAAUGCUGAGCAGUAUGUUCACCCCUGUUAUCAUAUCUCUACAUACAAGGCAUUCUAUGAGCCAAUCAUAGCACCAAUCAAUGGACAGAAUAUUUGGAGACCCAGUGGUGUGACCCUAGUUCAACCUCCCAUCAAAAAAAGACCACUUUGCAAACCUAAGAAGAAGAGAGCAAGGGAACCUAAUGAGCCAAUAAGUAGGAGAGCUGACAUCUUUAAGCAAUGCAAGGCCUGUGGUAAGUUAGGGCAUAAUAGAAGAAGUUGCAAGGGUGAAAGAUUGGGGGAAACUCCUCACUGCCAGGCACUACAAACAGAAUUAGUACAUCUAACAAGACCAGCAAAACCAGAAACUAUUCCAAUCCAAGUGCACCAUCACUGGCUAAGACAGCCUCAGCCACACCAUUUGCACCAUACCAGGUCAGUAUGCACAACUUCAGUCCAAGUGCACCACCUCAGUCUAGCAUGCAAAACCCAUCCACUUCAAGUACACCAUACCAAUCCAACAUGCACAGCUCAUCCACUCCAAGUGCACCAUGCCAGUCCAACAUGCCCAGCUUCAAGUCAGGUGCACCAUCUCAGGCCAGGACAAGCUUAGCCACUCAAUUUGUACCAUCUCAGACCAGUAUGCACCAAUCUAGUCCAAGUGCAACACCUCAUGCCAGGACAAGUUCAUCCAAUCCAUUUCAAGCCAGUAGAAGCACAUUCAUCCACUCUUAUACAUAACAGCAUAGCUCCACUCCAGGUGCACCACACCAGUUUGGCAGCACCACACAGAAUCCAGGUGCACAUCACAACUCCAGCAGUAGCAACCCAAAUCCAAGGCUGAAAAAGAAAAGGGUGGUUAUAUAGAGACUUUGAAGGCUUCUAAGAAUGCAUCCAGAUACAUGGAAGCAAUCAGACAUGCUGAGAGUCAAUCAUCCGUGCAUGGUCCAAGGAAAUGAAAAGAGCACAAGUUGAUUUUUCCUUUGCUUGAUGAAUGUCAAUUGUUUUGUGUAUUUAUGGUGAUAGGGUUAACAAUGGAACAAUGCCCUGUUGGCUUAGCUAUGUAAUUAUGGUGUUUGUGUAAUACUAGUGUUUUGGGUUGACUAUGGUAGUAAGUGUUAUAGUUGAACAAUGCCAUGUUGUUUUGUGUGAUUCUGGUGAUGGUAGCAAGUGUUGUUUUGUUUAAACAUGAACCCUUUGUCUUGCAUUAAUACUCAUAGCAAUGAGUAGUAGUU